GCCGCGAAGAAGAAGAAGAGACAAGAGCGACUGCACUCACACUUCCACCUCAGAUCAGCAGCUGCUCCGCUCAAACUACACCAUGAACGGUUUAAACGAAGAAGCAAUGGCGCCACAAACCUUCCUCUACGGUUGCGUGCUGGAAGCUGGAAAGGAAGUGGCCUUCAAUCCUGAGGAUGAUGAAUUGGAGCAUCAGCUGGAUCUCAGGAUGGCUUGUGUGGACGCCACCACCAAAGACGAACUUCACAUGGUGGAGGUGGAAGGACAAGAUGCAGAGGGUCAGAAAAUCAAGGCAGCACUAGUUUCACUCAAGCCCUCUACCCUGCCAAGCGUGUGUCUCGGCGGAUUCACCAUCACCCCUCCAGCAGUGUUCCGUCUGAAGGCGGGUUCGGGUCCGGUCCACAUCAGUGGACAGCACCUCGUCAUGAUGGAUGCCGAUCAGUCUUUUGAUGAGGAAGACGAUGAAGAUGAUGAGGAGGAGGAAGCAGAGCUUAAAACGUCGAUGAAAAGACCAGCUUCCACCCCUGCUGCAAAAUCUCAGAAAAAGAUGAAAAUGGAAGCAGAGGAAGAUGAUGAUGAAGAUGAGGAUGAGGAUGAUGAGGAUGAUGAUGACGAGGAGGAGAGUGAGGCUGAAGAGACACCCGUGAAGGCUAAAUCCACACCAGCCAAACAAAAAACCCCAGCUCAGAACGGCAAGAGGUCUGCACCCAGUACUCCCGCUGGAAAACAGACUCCUGGAGGAAAAGGUGAGAAGUCACCCAAGCCCCAAACCCCCAGACCCGUUUUAACCCUUCCUGAGAUCAAGGCCAAGAUGAUGGAGGCAAUGAAGAAGGGGACAUCGUUACCAAAGAUCCAGCCCCGCUUUGAGAACUUCGUGAAGCAUGGUCACAGAGUCACAGACCCCAAGGUAAUUGCAGAGCUGUGGAAGUGGAGACAGACGUUGAAGGCCGAUAAAUAACUGACUCUGUAGUUUUAAAUAUUUUAUAACCGGUCCACGCCCUUAGCGCCUCUCGCCCCCCCUGAAGCCAAACUGUGUGCCUCGCAUGUGUCUUUAAAAUCAUUCUUAAGUCCACCUGCGCUCCCAGAUGACAGGAGGAGGUGGUGACGGUGCCCCGGUUCGAUGCUACAUCAGUCCACCACCUCCAUCCCCUCAUCAGGGACAAUGCAGCAUUUGUUUUUCCUCUAAUAAACAUUAGUGGAGCUAGACAUCCUGUUUUCAUUGUAAUUGUGUAAAUGAUGCCUCUUGUGGAGUGUGGAUAGCUUUUCUUGUAUGUUGCAGAAGCUGCAGUUUAUCUAAUCACUCAUGAUAACAAGUAUUUCAAAGUUCCAGAAACUUGCUGCUCAUUUUUUCAGUCAGUUUACAAAUUACUGUUGGUUGUGUUUGGCCAAGCGAGUGAUGACGCGUAACCAUGUCAUGACACUGAGAAUGCAGCCGCUUGGCACUUUGGUGAAAACGCACGUUUGAUGUUUUCUGAAUGUUAUUGCCGAGAGAUUCCCAGUGUCAACACGACAUGCCAGACAUAUCCAUAAUCCAUCAGAAUGAAGCAUUUUCUUGUUUAACCGUCCAGACAUGAACAACCAAGUUGAAUAAAUGAUAAACCACAUUUGGCCUCCAUUGGAAAAUCUAUUUGCCUUGUGUUGCUAUGACUACAGCGAGCCCAUAGGCCAAAGGUUACAUACUUGGAGAGGAAAUGUGUGCGUUUCAAAUUUGUUACCUGGAAUUUCCAAUCUGUAUUUGAGCAAAUUGUUCCAUUUGACUGGCUCAAGUUUAAUUAAAAAUGUAAAUGCCCAUGAGCCACGUAGAAGCAGUCUGUUCUACGCAGUCCAACGAGCGUCUGUCUUUGACACUCAAUUCAGACCUGGUUUGUGAUGUCGCUCAAUAAUUGAAAUACUAAUAAAUGUACCGAGUUUUUGAAAUGAAUGCAGUGUUUUUAUUUUCCUUUUUUUAUUUGCGAAGAUUAAAAGUUGAGAACAAA